GUUUAUUCCGUGGCGGAAACAGUUCCAUAAUUUACUACUAACUUCGCUAUUCGCCCUUAUUCAUGAUUCAUGGAAAAUAACCAAGCGACGUCAAGUGACGUGACUAAUUAUUUUUCACUUAGGCAAACACGAAAACAAAACCCUAUGUAUAAAACUUCGUCGUGUAACCUCAAUGAUCCAUGACUUAAAUUAACCUUCAAAUAGUAGCUAUUUAACGGGCUUUGCUUAGUGAAUGAUAAACACACCCAUGAAGGAUGCAUUCAAAUAUUAACAACAUAGCAACGAGCAUAAAACCUCUCAAGACAUUAACCCCACAGGCAGCAAAAUCUUGGCGACCAACCACCAAUUUACAUAGGUGCAUUAUGAUGUGCUGUAAUAGCAGAAACAGUACUAGUGAUGGCGCCAAAGUCCUAACUGGAGCAGCAUGUCAUGCCAUUCUGUGUGCACAUGCGUGUGAGGUUUGCACUGGUUAUAUUCAGACUGUCUGACUGUGUAGGUGUCAUCGGGGAGCCCCUCCCCCGUCUCUCUCUGUGAUGCUGAUGCUGAAUUGCCCAUCACUGAAGGGCAGAGGGUGAUAUUCUUCUCAUAACGUCCACUCUAUCCGUCCUCCUUCCCUCUGGAGUGAAGGAUGUCGAUGAUCUGGAUGCAGACAGAGAAGGCAGUCGUGCAAGUGCUACAGCGCAGAUUGAGCAAUGUCCAUCACAGCAUUGAUGAGAUCAUGCAGAAGGAGUCCAGUCCUCUCUUCGCUGCUGACAUCAUCACUGAGCUCAAGAGACAGUUUGCGUUCCUGUCAGGGGGAAGAGGACAGGACGGAAGCCCUAUCAUUAUCUUCCCAGAAUUCCCUUCCUUUUGUGAACUUGGAGACCAAGAGUUUCGUAAUGUUCUCACCUACCUGACAAGUAUUCCCAGUCUGAGUGCAGCAGGUGCGGGCUUUAUCGUGGUGAUUGAUAGGCGUCGAGAUCGAUGGACGUGUUUAAAGGCAACAUUACUGCGUAUCUCAGGCUGGUUUCCUGCUAAUCUUCGUCUCGUUCUGGUGCUGAGACCCAGUGCUAUCCUGCAGCGAACAUUGUCUGACGUGUUCUUUAAACUACACAGAGAUGACUUUAAAGUACCGGUCCUCAUGCUAAGCUCAGUGGUUGAUCUGCACUUUUAUAUUGAGCGGAGUCAGCUGACACAAGAACUGGGUGGCUCUCAAUACUACUGCCACAAGACCUGGAUUUCUCAUCGCACUGAUCUUGAAAGCUUUGCUGCGUUAGUGAAGAGGAUGGCACAGAGACUGCAAGUGUUUGGCAGAGAGAUGGCAGAAACAGAGCUGCCUAACAAUCUCCUAACAGCCGGCAAUCUGCUCAAUGCACACACCAGCAGAAAAGACAGUUUGAAAGAAGAGAUCACAGGAGCUCACAGCCAAGGACGGAAACUCUUGGAGAACAUCAGGGAACCUGUUCGCAGAGAUCCGGACAGCAGUCUAAACCCCGAUCAGCUGGAGAACCUUGCUACAGUGCACAGGCUAUUAUCCCAGUUGAAUGAGAGCUCUACAGCAUUUGAUGAGUUCUGGAUUCAGCAUCAAAAUAAACUGGAGCUAUGUUUGAAACUCUGCCAGUUUGAGCACAGCUUUCAACAGUUGCAAACAGAGCUGGAGCAGGCAACAGAAACACUGAAUGCUUUUUCAGAUGUUGGAAUAAGCCCCGCCCAAACAGAACACCUCCUUCAAGAACUGACCAAUCACGAAAAGACAGUCUGUGAAGUGCUGGACAGAGUAAGAUCUGUGGUUGCCGAGGGCCAAGGAUUGAUUGACAGCUCUCAGAAUGUUGAUGACAGUGUUGCAGUAAAAUGCAGUGAGCUACAGAAAGCGAGAGAGCAUCUCAUCCAAGAGCUAAAAGACAAGAAGACCAUGCUGACACAGGCUAUGGAGCUACAUAGAAGACUGGAAAUGGUGUGUAAAUGGUGUGAUGAUGGGAUUUACAUGCUAGCAUCACAGCCUCUUGACAAGUGCCAAUCACAGGAGGGGGCGGAGUCAGCACUGUCAGAGCUGGAGUUUUACCUGGAGACAGCCAAUGAGAAACAGCUGUGGGAGAUCAGCACAGUUUGGCUGGAAUAUGAGAGCAUACUGAACAAUGAGCUCAGGGAGCAUGUGAAGCGUGCAUUUGAGAAGAAAGCCUCACUGCAAGAGAUGUUUGAGAGGAGGAGGGUUAGCCUGAAGAAACUAGCAGCCAAGCAAACACGCCCUGUCCAACCUGUGGCCCCUCGACCGGAGUCACUCUCAUCUCCUGCUCACAGGGAUCAUGAGAGCAUCUGUAUUAGUGAAGACUCAGACGGCAGGGUGUCCUGUAAAGAAGUAAGCUUUGAUCAGGUUGACAGGAGCAGUCGCAAUCCUUCUGUAUCUGAGGAGGAGGAAACCCUGGCUGUGCUGCGCAGGCAUGUAAUGAAUGAGUUACUGGAAACAGAGAGAGCAUAUGUGGAAGAGCUUAUGUGUGUUUUGCAGGGAUAUGCUGCUGAGAUGGACAACCCCUCCAUGGCUACUCUCAUCCCUGCAGCCCUGCAGAACAAGAAGGAUGUGUUAUUUGGGAACAUGCAGGAGAUUUAUAAUUUCCACAAAAGAAUAUUCCUCAAAGAGCUGGAGACUUACACUGACUGUCCUGAGCUUGUGGGACGCUGCUUUUUAAACUGGAUGAGGGAGCUGCAGAUUUAUGAGAAAUACUGUCACAACAAGCCUCGUUCUGAGAGCCUCUGGAGACAGUGCUCAGACUGCGCCUUCUUCCAGGAGUGUCAGAAAAAACUAGAGCACAAGCUGGGGCUGGACUCAUAUCUACUAAAGCCUGUCCAGAGGAUCACUAAGUACCAGCUCCUGCUAAAGGAGAUGAUUAAGUACAGUAAAGGCUGCGAGGGCUCAGUGGAGCUGCAGGCAGCUCUUUCAUCCAUACUAGGGAUCCUGAAGGCUGUAAAUGACUCAAUGCAUCUCAUUGCCAUCACAGGAUAUGAGGGUAAUCUUGGAGACCUGGGUCGCCUGCUGAUGCAGGGGUCAUUCAGUGUGUGGGCGGAGCAUAAGAGAGGUCAUGUGAAGGUGAUAGAGCUGGCCAGGUUUAAGCCCAUGCAGAGACACCUGUUCCUGCACGAGAAAGCUCUGCUCUUCUGCAAGAGACGAGAGGAGAGCGGAGAGGGAUAUGAGAAAGCCCCCUCAUAUAGCUUCAAACAGGAGCUCAGCAUGGCUGCUAUUGGAAUAACAGAGACUGCUAAAGGGGACAGCAAGAAGUUUGAGAUCUGGUCCAGGUCAAGGGAUGAAGUCUACACAGUACAGGCCGUGUCUGAGGAGGUUAAGACCAUCUGGGUGACAGAAAUCCAGAAACUUCUAACAGGACAACUGGAGGCCUACAAAGAGGCACGUCAACAGAAGGCACCUGAACAGUUCACCUCAGAGACCAGCUCGACUAACAGACUGGUGAAAAAUGAAAGUAGUAACCUCAGGAGCGGAGGAGCAGAGAAACAGAAGACAGAAGAGGAAAGAGGCAAAGAACUUGAGAACAUUCUAGAACCUGGAAUGACACAGAGAGCGAAAGGGUCUUCGUUCAGCUUUGAGACGAAACCAAAACGACAGGAUAUCCGAAGUGACCCAACACCUCUAGAAACAGGGCCACACCCUAACUUGGGCGGAGUCAGGUGGUUCAGUACAUCAAGCCUGUUUCAGAAUCGUAGGAGAGGUACACAUACUGAGUAUACACGUUGGACUAAAGGAUCUCUUUCACUGGAUGCCUCUGUGGAGCAUGAUGGAUACUUUAGUGCAGAGGAGCAAGUGACCUCUGACCCCGAGGAGGAGAAGGAAGAUAAACUGUGUGAAGAUGAGCUGCAGUCUAUGAAGAUACAGGAAGAGAUCCAGCUUUCUGAAGAGACUGAAGAUCCUGAGGAAUGAGAGUUGAGUGUAAACGUGUCUGAAAUGCCAUCAAUGUACAGCAUAUACACUAUGAGUCUUGCAUAACUCUGGAAAAGAGGCAAAUGAGACAUAUUAAACAUUAACUUUGAAGUUUUGCAUACUCUUAAAAAUAAAGGUUCUUGGUAGAAGCACAUGGUUUAGAAUACCUGGAGAAAGCUGUCCAUUAGCAUUUACAUUCAUUUAAAUGUCAAUGUGACAAAAAAUGCUUUUUAUGAGGACACAAAGCUAAUUUUAAAUAGUUGUCAAUGGAGAAAAAUGCUUUUUAGAACCAUACAUCUACCAGCAGUGGUCAUACUAACCAGCCAGAAAACCAAAAGGUUAGUGCCAAAAAGAGUUAUCAGCCUCCACGUGGAUGUUUUAUUAUUUAAAUAUAUAAAAAACCAUCUCUAGACCACAAUGUAAAAACCUAUAAUGCAACAUCAAGAACUUUUUGACUCUCCAAAGAACUGUAUACAUAUGGAAACUAUUGUUCCCAUAACUCAGAGUUCUUUGCAAAGACCCAUUGAAGAAGCUUUAUUUUUAAGAAUGUAGUCUUAGAAUGCACCAAAGUAAUGCAUUUCGCAGAGACACCUGACCUGGCUCUUUACACACUGUCUUAUAUUAUGCUGUUACACAUGUUUCAUAUCCCUUAAAAUGUAGUAGUAAUUUGUGCCACCGUAAUUGUCUAUACUGGGAUAUGGCAUGUCUGUUGUCAAGUCUUGUGAUCUCCAAUGUGAAUGCAUGUGUCAGUUGUUAUAUCAUUGUGUGCAGGAAACUAGGACCUACAUGUAACGCAAGCAUAUCAUAUAUGCAGAUAUUGUUUCUCAAAGUGACUGUGAUCACCCUGUGCCAUUUGUAUGUAAAAUAUGUUUAAAAAUCAAUAUUGUUUUAUAUAUGCAUAUAAAAAAAUAAAACCAUAGUUGACUAAUGA